AUGGUGGGUGGGGGCAGGCUGUCCCAGCACUGGGGUCCCCCUGGGACUUCCGGUCCAGAUGAGGUGUUGACGUCGGAGGCCUUGAGCCCUAAGGAGGCGGCCCACUGGGGCAGAGACCCCUCUGUGGUUGAAGAGCUUCGCCAUCUCGGACCUAAGUCCGAGAAGAGGAAACGGAGGAGGGGCAAGAAGGCAGAGCCUGAAAGUGCCGACAAGCAGGAACGUGGGGGGGCCAGUGCCCAGGAGCCCCUGGAGGUGGUCAGAGAGGUGGUCACAGAGGACGGGACCGUGGUCACCAUUAAACAGGUUCUUGCCGCCCCGAGCCCAGCGGGACAGCCACGGUCCGACGAGGAGGAGGACAGCCCCGAUGAAGCCGGUGGCCCCGUGGUGGAGCCGUGUCCCCGCUCCCACGCCAUGCUGGCCGUGAAGCACGGGCGGCUGUACCUCUAUGGGGGCAUGUUUGAGGCGGGUGACCGCCAGGUCACCCUCAGCGACUUGUACUGCCUGGAUCUCCACAAGAUGCAGGAGUGGACGGCCUUGGUGGAGAUGGACCCAGGAGCUCAGGAGUGGCUGGAGGAGACCGAGUCAGAUGAGGACAGCGGUGACGAUGCCGAGGGCGGGAGUGAGGACAGCGGUGACAGCGGCGACAGCGGCGGGGAGGCUGGGGGUGAGUGUGGUGCGCGGGCGGGCGCCAAGCGGCAGGAGAUCCUCGGCCGAGCCGCCCCAGAGCCGAGCGCCCCGCGCCGGACCUAGAGCUCCAGGGUUGCUUUGCUCCCAAAGCCGCCCUGUUUGCUGGUAACGAGAGACUUUGUUUCAGUAAAGUUUUAUUAAAACUUGGCUUCACUCUGGA